GGUUUUUUUUUUUUAUAACAAAAAUACUAAUUUUAUUACUUGUGAGUUGUAACUGAUCAUGAGAAAGGAAACAAUUUCCUUAUAAAUUUUUAUAUUUGUUUCUAUUUAUUAUUUUUCACCAAAGUGAACUUUUUAGGGAGAUAUAAAAGCGAAAUUUAUUUGCAGAGAGAGACCUGACCGUUGGGUGGGAAGAAGAAGAAACAAACCAGCGACGGCGACCCAGAACAACAUUCAAUCAAUAAUCCCAUACCCCAUUUUCAAAUUUGAAGUUUGGGUUCUUGAUAACUGGACUCAAUCUAUACUAAAAUACCUCUUCUUUCAGCCUCUCUCUUUCUCUCUAUAUAUGUAUACGUACUCUGCCAAGAUAUGAUUUGUUGAAGUUAUUGCUUAGGUCAACCAGGAUUAAUUUCGGGUUCAAAAAGAAUGCCAUACUUGUGCUGCAUUAUUUGUUUAGAUCCUCAGAAAUUCAAUUCCCAAACUGUGAGCUCUGAAGGUGCACAGCUUACCAUUUGAGGCUCAUCUUCCCACUUAGGCAUUCACCUUCUUUAUUAGUCUAAACAAGAGAUCAAUAUGCGUGGAACUGGAAAGAAAGCAGGACAUCAGGAAUCUGGAAAGUCUUGCUUUCCUAAAAGAAAUAUCGGGCCUAAGCUGAAUGCAGCAUUGCAGAUUAAAAAUGGUAGUAAAAUAUCUCAGACCAGGAAAUGCAAGCCAAAAUCAAAAUCUCAUGCAAAGACAAUUGGUGCAAUCCUGUCUAAGAGAACAACUACUGGCUCUCCAAGCAAGGGAAGCAGGAGUGGAUCCACAACCAGAAAACUGAUUCACAAGAAAACCCUGCAUAAAGCCAUUGAUACUGAGUCUUCCAAGAAGGAGUCUUCAUCAAAGCUUAAAGGUGAGAAGCCCCCACAAAUUAGCACAAACAAAAAUGGGGAAACUGUGGACAAAAAUGUUAAACCUCAAAAAUUAAAGAAAAGAGGAAAGCGGAAGCGGCGAAAGGAUAAUUCAGAGCUAGAUGAAGCUUCUCGCUUGCAAAGAAGAACCAGGUACCUCUUGAUCAAAAUGAAACUGGAGCAGAAUCUUAUUGAUGCUUACUCUGGGGAAGGUUGGAAAGGUCAUAGUCGAGAAAAGAUCAGGCCAGAGAAGGAACUACAAAGAGCUACGAAGCAAAUAUUGAAAUGUAAACUUGGGAUCCGUGAUGCAAUUCGCCAGCUGGAGUCACUGAGCUCCAUAGGAUGUAUUGAAGAUACUGCAAUUGCUUCAGAUGGAUCUGUUUAUCAUGAACACAUAAUCUGUGCAAAGUGCAAGUUGCGGGAGGCUUUCCCAGAUAAUGAUAUUAUACUCUGUGAUGGGACGUGCAAUUGUGCUUUCCACCAGAAAUGUCUUGAUCCUCCAUUGGAAACUGAAAAUAUUCCUCCGGGAGACCAAGGUUGGUUUUGCAAGUUCUGCGAGUGUAAGAUGGAAAUACUAGAAGCAAUGAAUGCACAUCUUGGAACCCGCUUCUCUGUGGACAGUACUUGGCAGGAUAUUUUCAAAGAAGAAGCUGCUUUGCCUGAUGGUGGGAGUGCACUGCCCUAUCCAGAGGAAGAUUGGCCUUCUGAUGAUUCACAAGAUCAUGAUUAUGAUCCUGAAAGAAAUGAAAAUAGCUGCAGCAUCAGCACUGCUGGCACUGAAGGAAAUGCUUCAGAUGAUACAAAUAGUUCUUUAAGCUUGAGUUGGUCGUUUGAAGACGAAAUCCUUUCUGGAUCCAAAAGAUCAGGGAUUAUCAGUGCAGAUUCUGAUGAAACAUCUGAUUGUGAAAUCAUAAGUGGUCGUAGGCAACGAAGAGCUGUUGAUUAUAGAAAGUUAUAUGAUGAAAUGUUUGGAAAGGAUGCUCAUGCAAAUGAACAAGUUAGUGAAGAUGAAGACUGGGGUCCUGCUAACAAAAGGCGGAGAGAAAAGGAGUCUGAUGCAGCCAGCACCCUCAUAACUCUAUAUGAAGGUGAGAAAAAGUUACCUAAUGUGGAAACCAUGGAAGCCAAACAAAAAAUUUCUUCAGAUCCACAAACUAAAAGGCCAUUUUCCAGAAUUCCACUUGAUGCGGUUGAGAAGCUUCGCCAAGCAUUUGGGGAGAAUGAACUUCCCUCUAGAGAUGUGAGGGAGAAUCUUGCAAAGCAGUUGGGUCUUGAUUAUGAGAAGGUGAACAAAUGGUUCAAAAAUGCACGAUAUAUAGCGCUAAAAACAAGAAAGGCAGAAAGAGCAAAACAACUUCAGACUUCUCCCAGAAUCUCCAAGGAAUCCAGAUCAGAAAUCGUGAAGGACAAAACUGUUGAUCUAGUGGCAUCAAGGGAUAACUCAUCAGCAUCACUGGUCCGUGCACUAAAGAAUUUGAAAAAGGUGCGGAGGAGAAAAAAUCCAAAGCCAAUAAUAACCAGCCCUGUAAAGAAAAAGCAUCAUAGAAGGGCUUUACUUGAGUCACCUACAAAUGACAAGGUUACUAUGGAGUUUGACGAUGAUGUGAGCUUGAAGAAACAACUGAAGCUUUUGAAAGAAAAAAGUAAGAGGGACAAGCAAAGGGUCGACUUCAAGGAGGGAACUGGUGUACAAGAUGCAGAGAAGGAGAUGGAGAGACUCUGCCAAAUUAAGGAUAAGAUAGAGAAGUUGAAGCAGGUAAUACUGAGACUUCAAUGUGACAAAACUAAUCAAUGGCAAGACCAGUCAGUGAUCUAUGUUCCUGUGGCAGAGCUAAGGGAGAAAGGUCGAUUUUGCAUCACAUCUUGAUUAUUGCAAAGCAUUUUUAUUUUUAUUCUUGCAUUUCUGCAUAUGGUAAAGAAACGGAAAACCCGUCUUUUUUGACAUAUAUAUAUACACAUAUAUUGAAGUUGUUCUUUGUGCAGA